AUACUCUGUAGGUAGUACAGUGAUGCACAGUAUUUUCCAGUAACUAUAGGCCUACUAUGUUGAUCUGUGUGCGCAGUACAUUUUAGAUAGGCUUGCAAUUCUCAAUUAGCAUAUUGUAGUUGCAGACUAUAUAAAUCUACAUUAGUAUCUAUAUGUAUAAAAUAUGCCUCAAAAAUGAAUUUGAUUUUACCACCAUAAUCUUCAGUGGAGAGUUCUUGUCAUGUACCAGUGUACAUGUACUUCAAUUUCUAGGUACAUGUAUUUCCUUUUACCCAUAAUUUAUGCUGACAUAGAAAAACCACCAGUUAUCUCUUCGUUGAUCUGUAUGUACUUGGCGGAGCUUCUCAGUAGCACACAGUAUACAUGUACACAUACAUGUAGGUCAUUUUGAUGAAAAAGUAGGGUGUUGGGAAUAAAAUGUCAUGAAUGUAUAGUGUGAAACAUGUGAAUACGGCCAGUGUGACCCAAACUAUUCUAACCUUCACAUUCACAAGACCCUUAUACAUGUAGUCCAAACAUGAACAGACAAAACUAAACAAAGAAGCCAUAUGGAUUACCCUUAUGAUAUAGGUAUACAAAGUGGUGUUCAUAUUAGCUUUAGAUCUCUGUGUUUGUCAGGGCUCUUUGAUAACAGUUGGUACAUACAGGACAUUUGUUUUACCUGGACAUUAAAGUGUGUAAAUGUGGAGCUGGUCACUCCCCUUAGGCAAAAGACCGUAUCCAUAAGUCUAACUCAACCUCUGCUGAAAAGCCUGCACAUUUGGCAUACAGUGAUGUAAACACAGCUGUUUAAAAUAAUCCUGGGCAACCAAUGGAAACGGCCCUACUAUCUCUUGACGGGAAGUCAUAAACAGUCAAAGACAUCUUUAGCUUACGACAAUGAUGCGAUUCAAUGUCCACGCCAAAGAAAUGGAAAUAUUCUGUGGAUUUCAAGGUAUACUGUAAAAUCUGUUUAGCACAACUAGUAUCAGCAGUGAACAGUCGUGUUGUGGUAGCCCAGAGGCGUGAUUUGACAACGGAAAGCAAGAUCUCUGAAAGAGUUCCUGGAGUUUCCAUUUUGUCUUCCCCUGGCGUUGUUUUGGCGAUAGGAGAAUGGGAAUCAAGCAAGCCAAGACUGAGAGAGUGGCUUGGAUGGCCGUCGAUUGACAGCCAUCUCCAUGCAUGUUUGUUGAUGUAAUUACACAUGCUAUGCGCAGUAGAUGACAGAAUGGCAUCAGAAAUGUAUAGUAUGCCAUGUUUUUGGCUUCCAUGUCUGAAAAUGGCGGCUCCCGAAUUUAAACAGUCACAUUUACAGCACCAUCCACAGACACUGUGUCACAUGACCAGAUUGUCUGAAUUUGAGACUGUUUUGGAGCAGUUGUGACCUUAAACUCACCCUUAACAGACUGUUGCAUCGGUGCCAUUUGAAAUCAUGGACAAAUACAUGUGCUAACAAGUACAGCCAAAGCUAGGAGGGACAAGCUGAGGACUUACUCUCGUUUGGUUGUGAACUUUUAAUAUCUGUGAAAAUGAUGAGUUCCACUUUUGAUGUGACCUUCAGGGUCAAGGUCACCACAAAGCGAGGUGAGCAGGUGUGUGUUGUUGGUGACUGUGAGCAACUCGGUGAUUGGAUGGCCCACAAGGCGCUGCCGCUCAGCUUGGAGCGCUGGGAUAAUAACGAGGAGAUUUGGUCGAGGGUGGUAAAGCUACCUGGUCAUCGUGACUACCAGUAUCGUUACUUCCUGUGCACGAUGCGGGAGUCCGACAACGAGGAUUCAGACAAAAGUGUCCUCGUCACCAAGUGGGAGACCAACAUUAAACCACGGACUUUUUCUCCGAGAGCAUAUUGUAUUCACCCUGAAGAUUGUGAGACACAGACAUCUAUAUUUGGUCGUUUUGACGGACGAACCAGUGUGUCUCGAGGGUGGCUAACAAGCCAGACGGAGAUUCAGCUGCGUUUCUACGGCAACCCCAUCCAGAUGUGGAAAGCCCGUCAUCGUGAACAGAUGUACCGCAUUAAGUGCACCGCGCUUGACCACCGCUACAAGGACUUUGUGGAUGUGGAAAGCGGACUCGAGGAAGAAAGUCGUGAUGACCUCCCAUCAUGCUCGUCUACACAGUUGUGGAUCUCCGUUCUGAACGACCAGGAAUCGCAGCCUGAGGAACCACACAUGCACGGCAAUCUGCUCCGCGAUGGAGAGUACAUGGUGUUCAGGGCCCAGACUUUUGAACCGGAGUACCUGGGUUUCCAGUUAGACUUUUAUGUACACAACCCGUCUGGUAGUCCUGAAGAUGUGCCCAAACAUGUGGGCUACUCCUAUCUUCUACCCUUUCACAUCCAGGACACUUUGGGCAAGAAAACUGUGCCGAUCUCUGGCUUAAAGCACAAACCAAUUGGUCAAAUCAGUGUGGAACAUUUCAUUGCCAAGCCAAUGACCAACUUCCAGUGCUCGAUGGAGACGUCCUUUGCGCUCCACUGGAAGCGUGAUCGCGGUCCUCUGGACAUCGGGCACCGUGGGAUGGGUGUCAGUCACGAGAGCAAAUGGUUAGCGGCCGUUCGGGAGAACACUGUUGCGUCUCUGGCAGCUGCAUCUAGUCACGGGGCGGACUUUGUGGAGUUUGAUGUACAGCUGAGUAAGGACUGGAUCCCUGUGGUGUAUCACGACUUCCAGGUUUGCCUGGCCAUCAGGAAGCGGAAAACAGAAGAACAUGAGCUGUUUGAAAUCCCAGUGAAAGAUCUUACAGCUGAAAAGUUACAGUCCAUGAAGGUGGCUCACCGAACAGAGAAGACCCUCAAGCAUCUAGAUAUUGACUUGGAGCCAGGAGACCUGCAGCCCUUCCCCACACUGGAGAGAGUGUUUGAGGCCCUAGACCCUCAUGUCGGCUUUAACGUCGAGAUCAAAUAUGCUAUGCAGGAUAAGACGGGUAAAUUUGAGCAAGAUCAUUACUUUGAGCGGAACAUGUAUGUGGAUCGUAUCUUGGAGGUGAUCAUGAAAGAGGCCGGCACACGAAGAGUUGUCCUCUCUUGUUUUGAUCCCGAUGUUUGCAUCCUGUUGAGAUUGAAGCAGAACAAAUACCCAGUCCUGUUCCUCACCCAGGAUGUGGAGAAGUGGGUACCCUUCAUGGACAAGAGAACGCUCAGUAUUUCAGAUGCUGUCCAUCUGGCACGAGCUCAUCAGUUCCUGGGUGUGAAUGUGGAGUCUGAGCUGCUGUUGAAGGACUUGAAACUGGUGGAGACGAUAAAGAACAUGGGGCUUGUACUUUUCUGCUGGGGAGACGCCAACAACGACCCGGAAGCCAUGAAAUUGCUCAAAGAGAAAGGGGUGGAUGCCAUGAUACAUGACAGGAUUGAUAUUUUUAAGGAUAACAAGGAGAAUGUGUUCAAGAUGGAGUACGACAAAAAGAUGGAACUUUUGAAGGACAUGGGAAUGUUGAGAGGAGAUGCACACGACGACAACCGUUCUGAUAGCUCGCCAGGCUCUUCAUCGUAAAGUGACUAGCUGCGACCUUGACCACUGAUUCAAGGUCAGGCUUAAUGUGGUAGCUUGCGGGUGACACCAACGUCUGAAAUGAACAGAUGAUUUGAUCUGCAGAUUUUUUUGUUGUCUUCAACAGUUCCAUUCACAAUGCAACCAACACCUGAACUCUGAAGCAAGCAGAGAUAAUUUGGAGAAGAUUGUUAUGGUGUUCACGUACAUUUUGGACUAAAUAACAUCUCUAUGAACUCCUGUUUCUUGAGUUGGCUGCUGUAGUUUCUUGUAGAGAUGCGCUGUGCCUUUACUGUAGUAGAGACAACUCAUGUUGCCUCUUGCACAGACCAGAACAAGAUUGUUGCCAGUUUUUGUUGCCCCUGUCGUUCCCUGAUUUGAAGCAGGCAACAAAACCUGUUGUUGCUUCUUCAGAACAGAGCUACCAACAAUGGUUGGAUCUUUCUGUUAUAAACAAUCAUCUAUCAAAGAAGGAUAAGAUAGUUUAUUUAUAUAUGAUUACUCUUUUCUUUUCUUUGUUUUUUUUUAUAAUUAGAAACACUAAUUAUUACAUGUCCUACAUCGUUGCUUGUUAUUAAUACAUAAUUCUGGGGGUGUAAAGUGAGCUUAUUUCUCCUGUCUCUAUUAAAACUUGGGUGUUUAUUGUAGUGCUCAUUUGGUUAUGAAGAGUAAAUUGCAUCAGUGUAAAUUGCAUGGUUAGGUUAAGAAGUUUUCCAUUCACAGAACAGUGGAUCUUACAUAUUCCUACCCUUGAUCAAGCAGAACUUGAUUCCAAAAUGUAAAGCUCGCAAAUUAAUCUCUUAGAAAAGAAGCAAACUAGGCUGAUUUUUGUAUUGCAAAUACAAUGAACAUGAUUUGAUAUUAAUUGGAAUACAUUAAUUAAGCUUUGCAAAGUGAAAUUUUUCCAUGAAAAAAAAAGAAAACCAAAACUGUUAGAAAGGAUAUCAGAAAAUUUUUGUUGUGGACACAUUGGUGUCUUCAGGAACAACUUGCUGAAGUAGGGAAUAUACCAAAAAACAACAGUUAAACACAAAUACUCAUGUCGUUGAAAUAAAUGAAAAUGCAUCAACCUGAAUAUACCCCAGAAUAUACACCAUUGAAUUUUUGUUUUGUUUAAUCAUCAAAUUGGGAAACAUUGUGUCCAUAUAUCUAAUCUUAGCUUGAAAGUUUGGACUCGUUUGUAUAUUUGGUACAACAUGUGAGAUAAGUGAUGAUCUAACUGCACAGGUGUGUUAUUAGUGGAACUUACCUCAUGUUCUUCAGUUUUAUGAAGAUCUAGGGGUUGAGGUAUUGAUUUCCAAUCAUAUUCAGUCGCUUAUUCAUAAAUUUUGUAUCCACCAAAUGGUAAUCAAUAUGUGUUUUGUAAAAACCACUGCUCACAUGAUCAACAUGAAUUUUGUUAAAUUUAUACUGAGUCGACAUAAAUUUUGGUUACGAAGAUAUAGAGAAUGUAAUUUUUGGUUGUCAGAAUAUCCGGGAUGUAAUAUAGGAUUAUUCAGGAAUUCAGAAUGUAAUUUUGGGGUUUCCAGAUUUCCAGAAUGUAAUAUUGACUUAUCCAGAUAUGCUAAUGUAAUUUUUGUUUAUCAAGAUAGCUAGAAUGUAAUUUGAAGACAGAGACGUUGCCAGAAUAAAAUUUCUCGUAUAAAAUCGGAUUGUCAAAGAAAAAUAUUAUUUUCUGUUCUCAGAGUAUGCAUAUGACAAUUUUCAAUACCAAAGAAUUAUGUCAGAUCGUCCAGUUGUACCAUAUGAAUGGCCCAGUAGAGAAUGUAUAUAAAUGAAUUGUAUCUUUGGCAGUGUGCUUUCCAUUUGUACACGUACUCUAUAUCUGUAAACGUUCUUUGGCAGGGUAUUUCUUUUUAGGGACUGGAAGAUUCUGUCUCCACGUUUUAGUUUCAGGGUAUUCAGACGGCAACUUUUUGGAAUAAAUGUUCAGCUUUUAUUCCACCUGCAUUAAUAUGCAUGUGAAUUUGAUACUCCUAACAUUAUUGUAUCCGCCACUCCCCCCCCCCACCCCCCAAAAAAACAACUCUAUUAUUUAUGAAGAAUUGAGAAUAAAUAGCACCAUGUUUAAAAUCUGUGCUCAUUGGUGGAAUUAUUUUUAUCUGGCGUACACAGUGUAUAGAUAGGUGUGUAUGUUUGUGUAUGUACACGUUUCAGGUAACAUUAUAGGAUCUGUCUUACCUAAAAUAAAGGUAAGCUGAUGUGGCCAGGUGGUUUAGUGCCAUUAGUAUGUGCAAAAUUUAUUUAAUGCCACAUUUUUGUGUUGAAAUGAAAUGUUCCAGAACGUUUGGCGGGGACGCCUGUUGGUGCAUUUGUCUCGAAUUAAAGUAUAUCAAGGGUAAUAGUAAUGAAACAUAACAUAUUUAGAAAUAUUGUAAAUUCACUUAUUUUUUUUUUUUUUUUUUUUUGA